UUAUAUUUACGUGCUCGUACCCAAAAAAACUCUGUUAUGUAUAUUCAGUGGUUAUCAGCCAAUUACUGCGUGUUUACGUUAAAAAGGGAGUAUUUUUGACGAAUGAUAUUAACACAAUGCUCUCUACAUGUGCUUUAGUGGCCAAGUAGUAGUCGCGAAUGGCAAAUAUCUCUAGCCCCACCGAUUGCCCCCAACAACAACAACAAACACCCUCAAGACAAACGAAGCGAUUUAACGCUGUCAAGCGCAACCAUUGCGGGAACGGAAACUCUGAGGAAUGAGAAUUCAACAAAAGGUUGCAGCGCGGGCCACAUUGCGUGGCCAUGCCCUUGGGGGGUGACUGCAUUGCGAGCCAAGAUAAGCGUGCGGUCAGAAGCCCGUUACACCACGUGCCUGCACCGCUCCAACUUAUCAGCAUCUUACAUACGCUUCACGCUCACACACGGAGCCUCGCUCAGAGCCUCACCACUCACGGAAUCUCGCUCAUAGUCUCCCACUCACUCACGCAGCCUCGCUCAGUCUACGACUCACACACGGAGUCUUGGUCAAGAGACUCCCACUUACUCACGCAGCCUUGCUCAGUCUAUCACUCACUCACGCAGACUCGCUCAGUCUCCCACUCACUCACGGAGUCUUGCUCAGUCUCCCCUACUCACACACGGAAUCUCGCUCAUAGUCUCCCACUCACUCACGCAGUCUCGCACAGUCUACCACUCACACACGCAGUCUCGCUCAGAACCUCCCGCCUACGGAGUCUCGCUCAGUCUCCCACCCACUCACGGAGUCUCGCUCAGAGUCUUUCACUCACUCACGCAGUCUCGCUCAGUCUCGCACCCACUCACGGAGCCUCGCUCAGUCUAUCACUCACUCACGCAGUCUCGCUCAGUCUACCACUCACACACGGAGUCUCGCUCAGUCUACCACUCACUCACGCAGUCUCGCUCAUAGUCCCCCAAUCACCAAGUCUCGCUCAGUCUACCACUCACACACGGAGUCUCGCUCAGUCUUCCACUCACUCACGCAGUCUCGCUCAGUCUACCACUCACACACGGAGUCUCGCUCAGUCUACCACUCACUCACGCAGUCUCGCUCAUAGUCCCCCAAUCACCAAGUCUCGCUCAGUCUACCACUCACACACGGAGUCUCGCUCAGUCUUCCACUCACUCACGCAGUCUCGCUCAGUCUACCACUCACACACGGAGUCUCGCUCAGUCUACCACUCACUCACGCAGUCUCGCUCAUAGUCCCCCAAUCACCAAGUCUCGCUCAGUCUACCACUCACACGGAGUCUCGCUCAGUCUUCCACUCACUCACGCAGUCUCGCUCAGUCUCCCACUCACUCACGCAGUCUCGCUCAUAGUCCCCCAAUCACCAAGCCUCGCUCAUAGUCUCCCACUCACUCACGCAUCCAACACACACACACACGCGCCCGUCCGUCUCAACGAGUCGUCGUCACACGUGGAACAGCCAACGCUGUUAUAAUAUUCCAGCGAUUCACUAAGGCUCGCAUCAGGAGGCGAUGGGACGCGACUGCCCGUGGCUCGAGUGUGCGCUGCUGCUCUCUGUCCUCUUCCGCGGCUGCCUCGCCCAGACGAAAGCGCCGCCGUUGCCCCCCGAGUGGAAGGCAUUCUGCGAUCCUGGGUCGACUCACAAGUGCACGUGCGAUUACAAGAGCAGGAAAGUGGACUGCCAAGGAAAGUCCUUGAGCUCCGUGCCAUCUGGGAUUCCCGCGGACACCGCGCUCGGUGGUGGGGGUUGGAGUCUGCGCUCGAGGGAAUGGAUGAAGCGAAAUGCGCUCAGAGGCGCGCGUGAGCUUGACGUGAGCAAUCUGCGGGCGGUCGUGUAUGCGUACGGUGCGUAUAUAAUGGUACGCGCACACAGAGGGCACGUAUCGCGUGCACAUGGCACGUAAAUAUAUCCACAAUCACCCCGACGCCGUAACAUGCGAACAAGGCAGCAAAGCUGUGAGAGAAAUAAAAAAAGAGGGCAGCCUUAUGGCGUGUCCCACUUUCGCGCCCUACGUGCCGGAGGAGGAAAUGCCAAAUCCGAAGAGCAGCGUGACCCCGAGCACAUCGCCCAUGGAGAAGGGAAUUGAGGCACGGACCAUCGUCUUUGAGUUCUGUCACGACCUGUCGCGCUACGGUCCGCUCGGAGUGUGCGCCGCUCACGUGCUCAUCACGUGCGUGCUGCUCUACAUCAUCUACCACUCCAAGGGGCUGCAGAGUGCCUUUGACUAGCAGAGGUCGCAACGCUGCGCGUGAUAAGUCACGUUCCACGCGAUUUGCUCAGAGAGCUUCGAAUUUCAAAUUAGUCACGGUGGAGGAGUGCAUUUGUCAGUGUGUGUGUCUAAAUCGGCCAGUCAUCUGUCAUUCAACCCAUGGUACCUGGGUUUGCCCCGCGAUCUCCUCCUGCAAGCGAAUGUCCUACACUUCACGUGGCCUUAAAGUGCACACAGCCUGGCAAAAGCGCCGUCGUGACGUCACCGCCUCUUAGUGGCGAAUGGCGGUUGUUAUUGUUGUAGUUGUGUCUACAUGAAAGUUAUACCAAUCGUCCUGGUUUGACCGGAGCAGUCUCGGUUUUUCAGAACGGCCGUCCGUGUGUGCCGUGUGACGUGCAGAGGGCUGAUUCAAGUCAAGAUCAAUAAGCGAUGUCUCCAUAUAUCCGUAUCUCUACGUAAAAUAAAUACAUUUCUAACGCAACCCAUCAGCCGCACAGUCUUCUGGGAGUGCAUCGUUUCAACAGCAGUGAUUCAAGAUAAGUGGAGCUCUGGACCGGUUUCGACGUGGUUUCUUUUUUCGAAUCAAGAUAAGAUAUGUUUAGAUUUAAAGCUUUCGUGACUGCAGUAAUUAAUAUUCUUAGCUAUUUCGGUAAAGUAAAGUUGA